CUCCACGUCGGCGUCGCGCCACCGGCGUCGGCACCCCUCUCCCUCGCCGCUCAGCCCGCGCCGCGCCUGUCUGCCUCAUGCAACAUAACCGAUUCGACAUCGUCGUGUUAGUCAUGCUCCAUAGCUAAUAAAGUGCGGACGUGUGCAUUCCAUAUUUAAAGUACGUUAAUACACCGAUUUUUAUAUAACAGGAGCACAUUAGAAUAAUAUUGGAGUAAUUAGUACCAUUUAAUUUCAAAAUUCUGUGAAUAAUUGAUUAAUUUAUUUUUUAAAUAUUCUGAAUACGAUGCGAGAGACAAUCACGACCGUGUGCCGGUAAUACUUUGGAACUGUGUACGUAAUCUUAAUUAAGAAGUGCAGAACAAUUAGUUAAAAAUGUCGUCAGUAACGCUAACUACGACGCUCACUAAUGGCCAUUACAACGGCAAGUUGGAGACGCUGGAGACAAACUUGAACGGCUACAGGAAGAAUGGAUAUGUAAAACCCGAACCAGUUGAAGUAUCGUCGUUGCGGCUAGCGGCGCCGUUUAGCACAGAUCCGAUGGCGGUGGCGGAGCGUGAGCGAUGCGCGUACGGGCGCAUCCCUCGCGCCGCCGCGCUCGCCGGCACCGCGCCGCGUCGCGUGCGCGUCUACUCCGACGGCAUCUAUGACAUGUUCCAUCAGGGACACGCAAGGCAGCUACAGCAAGCCAAAAACGUCUUCCCCAAUGUAUAUCUCAUAGUCGGAGUAUGCAGCGACAAACUGACACAUAGCCGCAAGGGACGCACCGUGAUGACGGAAGACGAAAGGUACGAGGCGGUCCGGCAUUGCAGAUACGUUGAUGAGGUGGUUCGAGACGCGCCGUGGGAGUACGACGAGGAGUUCCUAGAGAAGCACAAGAUCGAUUUCGUGGCGCACGAUGACAUCCCUUACACGACAGAGGACUGCGAGGACACGUACGCAAUGAUUAAGGCUAAGGACAUGUUCGUCGCCACAGAGAGGACGGAAGGCGUGUCGACGUCGGACAUAGUGGCGCGGAUCGUGCGCGACUACGACAUCUACGUGCGGCGCAAUCUGGCGCGCGGAUACUCCGCCAAGGAACUCAACGUCUCCUUCCUCAACGAGAAGAAGUUCCGUCUCCAGAACAAGAUGGACGAGCUCAAAGAUAAAGGCAAAAAGGUGAUGACGAACAUCGGCGAGAAACGCGUGGACAUCCUGACGAAGUGGGAGGAGAAGUCGCGCGAGCUGAUCGAUGCGUUCCUGCUGCUGUUCGGUCCUGACGGGCGGCUGUCCAACAUCUGGCACGAGGGUAAGGGUCGGCUGAUGCAGGCGCUCAGUCAGCCCCCCUCCCCGCGCGCAUCACCACCACCCAGCGAGAACGGAGACGUGCACGAACACAGCGGGUCAGUGUCGCCGCCGCCGGCCAAGUCGCGCCGCUACGAGACAUUGUGGGAGCCGCACGCAGGUAACUGGAUGCAUCGAGCUCUGACGGUGUUGGGGAGUCGGAAGAGGCAGCGAAGCGCCAGCUGACCGACGACGGCUCCGACAGCGACGACGACGACUACCAGGACACCAGCCCCUACCUAUAGGACGAGCCGCCCGACGUCGCGCGCCUCGCCAUAUGAUGCGCCGCCGUCGCCCAGACCCUAGUGCUCAGUGCUGGCUGCCUCGCAUGGACUUUGUAAAAUUGCAACGCAUUUGUCACACAAAAACUCGGAAAGUGUCGUCGGCUUGCAAUAUAUCUAACUACACAUGAAUGUGUAGUUAUUGUAGAUUUACUUAUUACUGCUCACCCCGUCAGGGGUAAUGGCCGUUUAGACGAUAGUCGACUUAGUGUAGCCAAUAGUAUUUUUUUACUAUUGUAAAUCGUCCAUUGUCAACGACAAUGUUAGUGGAGAGGAGUGCAUUUCGUUAAAAAAUAACCUUUGUGUUAAAUUAUUUUAGUGUACGGCUUCAAAUUCGCGUUUCGUCUGUCUGCAAGACUCGAGUGAAUGUAUUUUAUCCUAUUAGGUUUUAAAAAUGUAUUUACUUUAUUUAUGAUGAUUUUUAAUUGUAAAUCUUUUUCUCACUAUUAUGAUUGUGCGCGCGUUGUGGGUGCAGAGUACGCAGCGAGCGGUUGCGGGCCGCGCGCCCCGCGCCUUCGCCGCGCACUCGCAACACCUUGUUUGUAUUCUACUUUUUGACAGUUGAUUAAAGAGGUGCUUAUUUUA